AUGCCACAUGAAGGAGGUACGAGGGCUGGUAUACUGUCACGUUGCCCAAGCCUAGGCAGAGGAAGUCGAGAGGUGGAGUUCGGCUGUAGCACCCUUCCGGCGUCUAACUGCCAUGCUACUCGAAGGAAGCACGAGGGCUGGGAUACUGCCAGGUUGCCCAAGCCUAGACAGGUCGGGUUCGAACUACGCCAUAUCAAUGGGUUAAGGAUCAAACUCUAUUUGCCGUCGAAAGGUGUGCCCGUAUGUUGUCUAGGAGACACUCAUAAACCGCCUCUGUCGUGUAGGCAAGAUGGUCCAGAAGAUAAUACAAGGCUAACUACAGCAAAAUACACGGGCGUCUGGCUGUUGUCUUGCUCCGUAUAA